GUCACUUACAGUUUCAUAUCACUCUCGAACGAGUUUGAUCUCAGUCAAUAUUACCUAACAAAGAAUGCUUACAUCCUUAGAUAAGAUCCUCCGUUACUUGCAUUCAGGAUCUCACGAUCGCAAGGUCAAAUGAUACCUCAGAAAAGCCACACAAGAAUCAAUCAAGCAAGACCUCCAAAAUGCACUACGACCCAUAAUAACAACAGAAAUUCACAAUCCAUGGACGACAUUCGACGCUUCAUGUGUGGAGGACUCGGACCGCCGACGCUCUUGAAGAGCCACAUUCAACGAACGCACCCGGGCGCUUCAUUCCCCAAGAAUGCCAUCGAUUUGUUGUGGAAAUGCUUCUAAUUCUUCGCUCACCAUCCGUUUACAUGCGAGUCGACCGACAGGAUAG